AUGGCGCUUUCAUCUCCCAAACUCAUCCCCUGUCUCUUUUUCGAGACCGAAGCAGAAGAAGCAGCCAAUUUCUACGUCUCAAUCUUCCCCAAUUCGUCCAUCAAGACUGUCUCCCGUUUCCCCGAGACCUUCACAGCGCAGAAGGAUCUCGCGGGGACCGUCAUGAUGGUUGACUUCACACUGAACGGAUACAGCUUCAGUGCUCUUAACACCCGUCCUACGGAGAUCAAGUUCACCGAGGCAGUUAGCCUCCAGAUCAUCUGCGACACUCAGGAGGAGGUUGACCAUUACUGGGACAAGCUGUCUGAGGGCGGCGACGAGAGCAAACAGGUCUGCGGCUGGCUGGGGGACAAGUUCGGGGUUUCCUGGCAGGUCGUGCCCAAGAUGGUGCCGGAGCUCAUGAGUGGUGCCGACGCAGUGAAGAAGGGUAGGGUAAUGAUGGCAUUCAUGAAGAUGAAGAAGAUCAUUAUCCAGGAUGUCUUGGACGCGGUCGAGGGGAAGGCUGAGGGGGGAGAUAAGGCUUAG